CAUAACGGUAAACCGGUAAACGGCUUGCCUGUAUCAGUGUGGUCACAGUGGCUUUUUUCCAGUUACAGAUGAUUUUGCCAGCUGGUUGGGGAUGUGACAUUAUUUGACAUUAUAUGAAGAAGCAGAUCAUGUGAUGAGGAUUCCUGUGAUAUCCUGACGACCAUGACGACAAUACGCCGCGACUUGUCGAGGAGGGAGGAUUCCAUGAUCCUCUACCCUCGCAGUGCUGCGUGCCACCUGAUCCCGACUCGGGUGAUCUGCAUGCUGCUCGUCAUCAUCCAGGGGGCAGUGCUCAAUUACUACCUCGUGCUGUACAACAACCGCUACUGGUUCGCAUGGAUAGCUGGGGAUGUCGGGAUGCUUUUUGUUUUCCUCAUGACCUUCGUGAUCUCGUACCGCCAUCUCAGCCUGGUGAGAAGGGCCCUAAUGUUGGGCACUCCCAUCGAGACGGGAAGCCUGCCCAUGGGCUAUUUUUCCUGGUUUGUGUAUUCAUGCAUGAUGUCCGUGCGGUCGGCAAUCAUUUUCAAAAACUUUGCUUGGAAGUUGGACGAGCAGGACUUCUUUGGUCCCAACACUCUCAAGUUCAACCUGUGUCUGUCUGCGAUCGUUUUCCUCAUGCUGCUCAUGUCUCUCCACGAUGCUGUGUCCGGCAGUGAGCGCAAGCGGCACAUAGACAUCCUCACGCAGACCGUGGUGUUCGACAUCCUCGAUUCGGUGGACAUCCUCGAUAUCUUCUUCGACAAGAAAGGGGUAGACGCUCUGUUCCCUGGUCUCGACUGGGCCGUCGUGUGCAUAGCUAGUCUGAACAUGGUGCUGCCGACCCUGUCCCUGAUGACUCUGAGCCGGACCCACUUCGGCUACCUGCCUCUGCCCAAGACCCUGGAGACAGCUCACAAACUGGCUGUGCUGUUCCUUGUGAACGCCCCGCUGCUGUCCAUCCGUCUGCUCCUGUGGCACAAGCUGGACCAGGACGUGUCCACGUUCAUCAUGAAGAACAUCAUUGUCAUCUGCCUCAUCAUCUACGACUUCUACAAGAGAGGUGAAUACCGCCGGAGUGACCUUCCUGAGCUGGUGGUUGAGAAGCAGUCCUUCGAGUUGAACAUGCUUGAAACUGGAGACAAAAACUGAUUGCGAUCUAUAGCUCGGAUAAAGCUCAGAAUUUAAAGGUGUUUGGCUGAUUUGACUACGUGCAAUUUGCUUGAAACUGGAAACAAAAACUGAUUGCGAUCUAUAGCUCGGAUAAAGCUUGAAU